CAACUCACAACAAUGACAGCACCCAACUCACCUCCUCAUUGCCCCGAAAACGGCAAUUACCACAUCCUCGACUGCACGCACAUCAUCAAAACGCACGUCAUCACAACGCACCUCCACCCGUCUGACCCCGACCCCUCUUCCUGCGCCCCAAACUGUGCACGCCUAAUUCACGCCCAGAAACCACAGCUCCCACGAGCAUGGUUCAGAUCCACGUCACGUCUCCUCUUCAUAUGUCCCAUCUGCGUCAGAGAGUGCAUACGUGCUGACUACGAUGCACUGUGCAAGCGGUACAAAGAUCGAGGCGGCAAGCCCGUGGAUAGCAAGGAUCACACGCAAGUCUGGCUAUAUAAUGCGGUGAUGGGGUUGGUGCGGGAGGGCGGGAGGACGUGUGAAGCGACGGAUGAGGCGCUGAAGAACCCUGAUACGGGCGACAAGGAAGACUGUGAUGAUGAGACACUGGCCGAGCGACUGGCGGAGGUCGAGGUAGGUGCGGGUGAUGACGAUGAGGACUUGAAUGCGAUGAUGGAGGGGUUGGACGUGUAGAAGAUGGCACUGCAAUACGCCUCAUCAUGAUCGAGACGGACUGUUUG